UACCGUUGAUCGAAUCUCCAACAUAAUCGCACCCUAAGUGUUGUUGUUGUUGUUGUGUUGCAAAACAAAAAGAUUUACCUGAAUUUCUAAAAUUUUAGCAUUCACAAAAUGUAUAGGUACCUACUUCAAAGUUUACGCUUUACCUUGGAUUCGUCACAGUUGGGUGCCCCCUGUCCCCUACAAAGUUUGAUACGGCCCCUGUGCUCUUAAGGGUAAAGACGGAAUAGAAUGAAUCCCUGUUUUCUUUCAAUGGCUUAGUGAUGGUGCGCGGCGAAUAAAAGGAUAGUUGGGUGGGCGCAUAUAAAGAGUCACAGGAUGCAAUGUUGGGGCUCAUAUCGAUCCCCGUGGAACACCGUUGAUGUGAGAAAGAAAAUUCUCGAUUGCGCGGUAUAUGAAAUGAUCGCUGUGUUAGGGUACAAAGAGACACAUUUCGACAGCAUAUAUUUUUAGCACGCGUAGUAGUUGCACGGCAUGGAAAGCGUUCAAUAUUGAUUUUCACGACGCCAGCGACGCGCUGUCACCGCAGAGCGUUCAAAAUGGGCAGGCAUCCCCGAUCGAAAACACCGCGCCAACCGCGAUAACCACACUCGAAAAACUGCGAAUUCUCACCGAAAAUCAUGUACUAGCGUCUAUUUUUAAGUGACAAAUUUUGACGGCCCGAAAAUGCAUAACCCGAAAGUAGGCACGAUAGUCCUUCGGUCUUUAUCCGUUCUGUUAGGCCUUUUUUUCAUUUUUGUUGGAUUAAUCAAGAUCUCCAGCGUGAUAUCCAAGGAUCUGCACAAAGAUUUGAGGAAAGAGUUCGUGAAGUAUGCCAAGGUGUUUCCAUUCUCGGAGAUGCUGGAUUUCAAAAUUCCUUCAAAAUGGUAUCGAAGAACAGUUGGGUCGUUAGAAAUAAUUUGUGGAAUAGCCAUGGCGUUCGUACCUAGUCAUAAAAUAAAAAACAUAGCCAACACCUGCCUGCUAGCCCUGACCUUGAUGACAGUGUACUCCCACUAUAUGGUCGCCGACAAACUGGAGCGAACUGCGCCUGCGCUUGUCUUCCUGUUCAUGUUGACAGGCAGGUUAGUGGUAUUCUUUCAGCUGCAGAGGGCGCAGAUGGAACAGGCAGAGCCGUUGGUUAACGGAUUCAAGCAAGAGUGAGGAGAUACUUCGGAAUAGUAGGCAAGGAAGAAGACUAAUGCAAAAUCAACUGAAAACCUCCACGUCAGCAGAAGAUAGAAGAACUAUGAUAUUUUGCAUUACCGUAUUUUGUUUCAGUCAUCUUUCAUGUUUCAAACUAUAACAAAACUACCUAGAUUAUUAGGUGCUAGAGAGAAAAUUAAGGAACGGAACAAAAAUACAAAAUUAUUUUAAGAAGAAAGAUCGUGAGAUUGACCUCAAAUAAGAAAUAUUAAAACGCUCGCCUAAAAGUGACACAUAUUCAACCGGGACGUGGUUCUGACUGAAAGUUUUCCUCGAUUUCGUAUAUUCCCGAUGAUCUCUAGCACCUCGAAGUAUCUCUCUGUACUGGUAUAAGUGCCAUUUAGGAAAUAUUGUUGAAAUAAAUGAAAAAAUUCCAGUUUUCUGUAAAAAGAGAUGUAUAUAAUACGGUUUGUGAUAUUUUUUAUUUUUAGGUUAUGUUCUGUUGAUCAUGUUACUGUUACCAUUAGUCCAUAGUACCACGUGUAGAUCGUUUUCAAAACACAAUCGCUACAAGUAUUCAUACAAAUUCUGAUAGGCGCAUUGAUCACCAUUAUCUGAUGAUUAUGAAUAUUUCUUAUAUUACUUAUGUAUGAAAUUUGUAAGAAAAUACUUUUUUGCUUUUCACUUAUUUCAAGAGAAUCUUGGAUGGUUGAAGAUCACCUGACAUUAUUAGUUAGCAACAUUUGCUUGGCACAUUCUUAACUUACCUUCAGGACUUUCAAUUUUCAUGUACCUACUUUGAAGUUUACUUCGCAUAUCAAAAACUAUUUUCAAAUUUCAUACGAAGAAUAACGUUAGCAGCUUUCUCACUGGUCAGUGUACGCAUACUGAUUUUCAAACAGGUGAAUAUAGACUAUAAUUAUGUACUAUUGUUAUAAAUAUUGAAAGACCAUAUACGAGUAAGUAGAGUUAGCUUAAUGAUACAUUUGUGUUAGUACCUUUAAUAAAAUAAAACAAGUUACACUGGUAUUUAAAUAGACAUUCACUGCCACAUAUGUAAACUGUCACCAUCAUUAAACAAGAAAUACAUCAUAUCGAACACGAUUUGUUUAUACCUGCCCUUAUAUUCAGUUGCCGCCUAAUUAGAAACAGGAUAAUAUUAAACAAAGUGGUGUCAGAAGAAUUUUGGGACAACGUUAAGAAACACCUGUUGCCUUAUUAUUUCCUCAAAGUGGUAUGUUUUAUUUUGGGGGAAAUGUAUUUUAGAAUAUUGGAGAACAAAAGUCAAUCUACAAUAACUUGAAUGAAUAUGACAACUCAUUAACUAAUUAUAGAAAACAUACUUCACGGCCAAAAUAUGCAAAUCUAGGUAACACCUGAUGUCCUAAUUUUAGAGACACGAAAUUAUUUAAAUAUUUUGCAGGUCUAAAUCAUGCCAAAUUGAACGCGUGUGUUUUGUUUUCAUCCGUGACAUUUCUGGUAUCUGAUGUGAGAGCGCGGCAAAACACUGCGUGUCAAACCUAUUUAUAUUUAUUGACAUCUUAAUAACUCACAGCCGCUCAAGCAGGGCAGAAGUGAGCAUGCUUUUUGAAAUAUUAUUGUGAUGGUCCCUUCCUUACCUCAUUCGUAGUCCAUUUACGCCCAGACAAAACACAGCAUGCCCAAAAGCGAGAUUGUGCAGGUCCGUAUUUACCUCAAUGGUCUUGGAAUAAUCUAACAAAGUAAAUUAAUGAUUAUUUUUAUAGACAGAAGCGCACAUACUUUUUCACAAUUUUUAUUAUAUAGUUUUCUAGUAUGGUAUGGAGGAUUAUCAAGUACAAUGACGGUAUUGUCGUCAAGCUUUGGGAGCGUUUCUUCAAACCAUCGUUCAAAUGAACUACCGUCCAUUUCGUCAUGGUAGUCGGUCGUUUUCUUUGACUCAAAUGCCAGCCGCACAAAGCUACCUUCACUGCCAAUGUGACAGAUGACAAAUCGUUUUCCUUGUACUAUGUAUAUUGCUCAAUUAGUAGUGAUGGCCGGAAGACAGGCGUUUUGGGAUAAACAACUCGAAAUUUUCAAAAACAACUCCAAUUUUUUUGUGGAUAUCUAGAGGUAAAAAACCUGAUUUGAAGAACUUCAAGUAGCUGCGUGAAAUUAUCGUCGCAUUAGCAACAAGAGCCACAACCUGCAUUUUGCCUCAGUUUUCGGCCAUAACUUUCUUACUAUUCGUCGGAUUUUCUUAUGUGUGGUCUCAUUCUGUAGGCCUCAUAAAUACCCAGAAAUCUUAUUUGAAGAGUUUUUGGUUCCGGACAACACUUCCGAUUGAAUCCCAAAAACACGUUUUCUCAUUCGUUGUUGUCGAAUAAAUAGUUUUCCCACUAAAACUGGUGUACCCAUUUUAUGCGUCCAUGAUUUACAUACCCCCUAGAACAACUAGCACCAAUAGAACCAGACUUUAUAAUUAUUUCUGGGAAAUUUGCUAAUAUGAUUAGACAUUGCAGGAAACUUUGAAAGUGGCUGACAGUCAUAUGUGAUUGACAUAGACUUCUCUACCGCUAAAUGACAUUAUUGAUACUGUUGAUGAAAAUUCUUCACUUUACGCUGACGAAGAAUUGGUGUUGAGUUAAUAAUGAGUCAGUCAGUAGCAGUCAACUUUGAGAAAACCUGAGUAAGUUAGACGCUUGGUGCUCACAAAACAAUCUGCCAUAGAACAUCAAUAAAUGUUACGUUAUGUCUGAUACCAACAUGAAUGAAAUGCCGGUGUUUAUGAAACACUAGGCAAUUAGGUACCACUUUUGCAUCCAUCAGCAUAGUAGGAUCUCAGACUACGGUGAUCAGCAGCAAAAAUAAAAAUCGAUAUGCUUUAGGGUUGAAAUAAUAUAUAAGAGCAACGACAAAUACUAUAUUGAUUAUAUUGAGAAUACAAAUAAAUAAAUAAAUAAUAUACAAAAAUAAAGAAACGGUGCACUUAUAUCUAUGAGCUAACCCUUCAGUACUUGCCUCAUACACAUAUCACAGAUUAUUUUGUUGAAAAUACUGUAUUUAUAAAAACUAUACAAAUUAGAAACAAACAAUUUAUAAACAAAAAUAAAAUAAGUAUUUAUUUAAAAAAA